AUGGGUUACACGUCACCUGCUCUGGAUGUCCCUCCAGAGCCGCCGACUAAGCGAUUAAAGCUCUCCCCUAGCAAGGAUAUAGCAACAUCGACAGCACCUAGAGAACAAGUUACAUUACCAGCAGCAACAGAUCUUGCAUCAGAACUGGACGCAGCCGAACGAUCGAAAUAUGUCAAAGGAGGGAAACUUGGCUCUGGUCAAUAUGCAGACGUCUUCUCAGCGACUUUGGUCAGCGAUCCCAGCAAGAUCUUCGCAAUCAAGAAGAUUAAGAUUGGCGCUGAAGCAGCAGACUUUGGAAUCUCAUAUGACUCGAUCCGCGAAAUAAAAUUCCUACAAGAAUUAGACCAUCCCAACAUUAUCAAACUACACGCAGUCUUCAGCACCAAAAAUCAAAACCUCAAUCUCGUCCUCGAACAUCUUCCUCGUGGUGACCUUCUCAAACUCAUUCAAGACAACAGCAUCCGCUACACCGCCAGCGAUAUCAAAGCCUGGAUGCUGAUGCUCCAGCGAGCGGUGUAUUUCAUCCAUGCGAACCACAUUCUUCAUCGUGAUAUCAAACCCAAUAACUUGUUAAUAGCAGCAUCAGGGGCUGUCAAACUCGCCGAUUUCGGUUUAGCCAGAUCUUUUGCAGAUCCAGGUCAGCCGAUGACCUCAAAUACCAUCACAACAUGGUACCGUCCCCCCGAGCUUUUCUACCAGGCGCCAUUCUAUUCCGGUGCUGUGGACAUCUGGAGUUGCGGCUGCGUCUUCGCAGAACUCAUCUCACGUGAAGUCCUCUUCCGCGCCAUUCCCGAAACCGAGAUCAACAUGAUUUCUCUUAUCUCGACCAAAGUGGGCACGCCUACAGAGGAGAAUUGGCCCGGAGUAAAGAAACUCCGCGGCUAUAUCUCCAAUGAUCCGCCAUCGCCCCUAAGACCAUUCGCCGCCUGGAUGCAGGAGUUUCGAGCGGCAGGAACCACUGGCGUGAGCUUACUCAUGGCGAUGUUGAUGCUGGAUCCCCGGAAGCGACUCGAUGCGGAAGGCGUCCUGAGACAUGAGUACUGGACCGCGGAUCCGAGACCUAGUCGUUUGGAAGAUCUGCCGAAGAAGGGUGGCGGAGUGAAUGUGAUGGGAGAUGAUUUGACGAAGAAGGCUGGUCAGCUCGAUGGCAGAGCAGGAGAGAAGGAUCGAGUAGCAAGGAAGAUUGAUUUCGGUGCUGCGGCAGCCGCAGCUUGA